AUUGACUUGCCGGUUAGAAAUACAACCGCUGUGUAGAAGAACAGAGACAGUCGAACCAAAAGCAACAAUUGCUUUUUCAAGUAAGGAAUGUCAGACUAUCUCCCAGAGGAAGUGGUGCUGGAAAUACUGCACAGACUACCCGUCAAAUCCCUAAUUCGAUUCAGGUGCGUUUCAAAAUCAUGGAACUCUCUAAUCACAACCCCUGCCUUCAUCAAUUCCCAUCUCACUCGAUCACAUUCACUUCUCUCCAAUUCCAACAAAUUAAUCGUUAGGCACUGCCUCGAUAAACCCUACGUAGAGCACUACAAAUUAAUUGACGAUAGCAAUGACUCGUUUGAUCAAAUUCAAAACAUCGAGUUACCACUCACGAGUCGCCGUAUCCAACAUUUUAGGUUAAUUGGUUCCGCGAAUGGAUUGUUCAGUCUUUUUGAACAAGAGCGCUUUAUUCUUUGGAAUCCCUCUAUUAGAAAAUUUAUCACCCUUCCAAAACCUUGCAUUACUGUCAAAGCGCACGGCCGCCUUACGUGUCGUCCGGCAUUCGGGUUUGAUCCGCGGACUAAUGAUUAUAAGUUGGUGAGAAUUGCAUUUCCACCUCUAAUUGAGGCUUACUCUCUUAAUGAGGACUCUUGGAAAUUAACUAGUGCCUCUUUUCCGCUGGGUAUUGGUUUUUCUGAUUGGCAUAGACCCGCAGCUUCUUUAGGUGGGGCUGUCCAUUUUGCGGUAUAUGAUAAGGACAAUCGCAGUCGUCCGUUAAUUUUGUCGUUUGAUUUGGGUGAUGAGGUUUUUCGCUUGAUGUCAUUGCCAAAUUGUGCAUUCAGUUGGAGUAAUAUUCAAACCUCGGUAAUUGGGGGAUCGCUUUCUCUGUUAUUUUAUGAUGAUAGAUUUGUAGCCAACAAAUGUUGUGCCAUUUGGGUGAUGAAAGAGUAUGGCGUUGUUGAUUCUUGGACUAAAUUGUUAACCGUUGAUUUCAACAAAGAAAUUAUAGGGGUAUUAUGUCUCCAGAAGAAUGGCAAUAUAUUAGUGGAGGCAAAACUACCAAGUGAUUGGGAGCUUUCUUCAUAUGACCCUAAGAGCCAACAUGUUAAGAGUUUGGGGAUUUGUGGGAGGCCGCACUAUUUUCAUGUUGAUAAUUAUGUGGAGAACCUUGUCUUACUCGACAAAUCGAAUGAUGCAGUUUCCAAAAGGAGAGCGUGCAGGAAGAGGAAAUGCAGGUUGACUUCAGACAAAGAGAUAUGCCAGCUACAAGAGGCAAAACACCUGCUACAAGAGAUACUACAACAUGCGAGUGUAUACGAGCUACAACUGGACAUAAUACAUCAACAACAGACAAUAAUACGUCAACAAGAGGCAAUACUAUUGCCUCUACAAGAGGCAAUACUACACGACUGGAGAGCACUCCAGCUACAAGAGGCAUUGCUAUAUGAAUUGGAGACAAUACUACAGCAUCAGACAGAGAAAAUAGCCACUUUGAUAUCACAAAUUGAGAUAAUGGAGACUGCAGAAUCAAAAUUGGUCUUUUUAAUUCAGCGAUUAAAGGGCCAAGCUGAAGUAGAGAAAAUGCUACAACAGAAGACUGAGAAAAUGACCUCUUUAAAAUCACAAUUGGAGAAAAUGGACACUAUAAAAUCAAAAUUGGCAUCUUUGAUUCAACAAUUCAGGGGUCAGGCUGGAGAGAUGUUUAGUGGCGUUGGAGAUCAAAGUUCAGCACAAGUACAACAAAGAUCCUCUUCUGCAGGGCAGGAAAUGUGAUCUUGCGGUGGGCACUAAGGUUUUAUGCAGUAUAUGGACAUCAUUUUUCUUUUU